AGAAGGAUGAAAGCUAAGUGGCUAACUGCAUCUUAGCAAACAGAAGCUAACGGCUCUAAAUGACUUUAAUACCGAGGCUCGUAGGGAAAACACGACCUGCCUGUGGCUACUGGGCAAAAAUGGGCUUCAGGCCAACUUAGUACAUCUGCGCUUUUCUCUGUUCCGGUGAAACGCGCUGCGUUCCCGUCCGUUAACCGGCUGGCUGACCGAGUCCUGUGAGCGGAGUUAGCGCCGAGGAGGAAGAGGGGCAGAAACAAGUCACUGAGGCAGAAAUCAGAGUCUCGGCGCCUCUAGAGGACGGAACGGUGACAUAUGUCGUCUUUGGGGGGAGACUGUGUGUAAUUCGGCUCCAGGCGCGUCGUUUCGAGUUUUAAGAGGCAGCUCGGUGAACCGUUAGAAGGCCGUGAUGUCCGGCGACCAAGCCUCGCCCGGCGGCAGCGGCGGCUCCGCUCUGGUGGCCGAGCUCUCGCUGUCGUUCCGGGAGGAGCUGACGGCGAGCAUUCAGAGCGCGCUCGGCGUGGCCGUGGAAAUCGCGGUGGUCGAGGUGUCCAAACUGGUCGGCCACGCGCUGAGGGACGUGCGCGACCAGAUGCACGAGACCCUCCGGGACAAUAAGGUGCUCGAGUCCCGUCUGCGCGCCGCCGAGACCGAGCUGCGCGCCGUGCGCGAGCGCCUGGCGGAGGCGCAGCGUCAAGCCCAGGUGAUGAUCGCCGUCGAUGCGAGUCUCUCCGCCGGUAGUCGGCUUCAGCCGGUUCACGACCAGGCAAGUGCGCCUGCCGACGUGGAUCUGAGUCCCGAGCGGAUGGCCGAGUGCUUGGCAGACGUUAAACGAAAAUAUGAAGUGGGUGCGUCCCGUGAAGCGAACGGAUAUGAGGGGAGCUCUUUCUGCGAGAUCCGAGAGGACGGACGCGUCUGCACGCAGGACCUGAAGCCAGAUUUACUGACCAAGGAGGAGUCCAGCGCACAUCUGGAGUCCAGCGCACACCAGGAGGCUAAAAGUGAGUUGGCAGGCACAAAAGAUGACCAUCGCAGCAUGCAAGAAAACUCCCAUUUUGAGCAGACAUGUGUGAGACUAGCCAGUGAUCCUGCAGCAUCAGCUCUGAUGGAGGAGACUGCGAUGCUCGACGCUGGCACUGCAGUGUCUGAGGUCCCGGUGAAGGUGGAGAAGACUGAGCAGUGCAAUGGCCCCGACUCUGCUGAGCAAGAGAGCUUUGGCUCAGACUGCCUCUCACUGGCCCAGUCAAGAUUACUUGACGACUGGAGGCCUGAGCAGCUGCAGCUUCAGGCGAACUCAUUCACUUCCUCUGUCAGCAACACUCUGGCUGAUCCCUCCAUCUUCCCAGGAGAGAUCCCAGAUCUAGACUUCCUCACUUCUGCUGCUCCCAGCCAGUCAGACCCGUUCCCCGCCCCACCACAUUCGCACAGAGACGCCUCUUCCCUCUCCAGUCAGGCUCCUCAUCAGCUCUACCCUGCUCACGGCUCAGCCCCCUCGCAUGUCUGUAAGGUCUGCGGUCAGUCUUUCAGUCGGCAGGAGGAUCUGCGCCGGCACCGCGGCCUCAUGCACCCGAAACAGACCGGCCAUCACCACAGGGGGCCCAAGCGCAGCCUGUUCCCCCCGGGACGGAGCCCCUACCACUGCUCACAGUGCGGCAGAGACUUCAACCGCAUGGAGCACCUGAAGAUUCACCAGAGGAUCCACACUGGCGAGCGGCCAUAUGUGUGCACCGUCUGCAGCGCCCGCUUCCGCCACUCAUGGGCACUAAAGCGUCACUUCCGCAUCCACACAGGGGAGAUGCCGUACCAGUGUGGGCAGUGCGGGAAAACCUUCCGCAACUGUGGGGGGCUGAAGUUUCAUCAGAGGUCACAUGCCAGGGGACAGAUGUGAAUGUUUAGGGAUUGUGUAAAGGCAGAAAAACACCAGUUACAGCCUCGCCUCUAAUUUCUGAAACUAUUUGUGUGUCAAAAGUUUGUAUCAAGAAAUACAGUCAGUUUUUCCUCAAAUCUGCUGUAAUAAUCUUACAUACAGUUGAAGAUUUAGUUUAGUAUUUUCCUUGUAAGACACAUUACUGUCAGGAAGGCAGUCACAUGGCUGGCCAUUUGUGUAUUAUAUAGCAUAUACAGUCAUAUGCAAAAGUUUGUGCACCCCUGGUCAGACAUGUAGAUUUUCUCAGUGAAAAUAAGUAAGUAUCCUCUACAGAGAACAUGUCUGCACAUUUUAAUGCACAAUUACUGUUUAU